AAUGAGCAUAAAAGAAAAAGCAAAGCUGCAGCUAAGGAAGCUUGACAUUGGAGACAAAUUUUCCAAUGUUCAGUUAGCAAAAGCCUCAGUUCUUGUUCCACUAAUGGUCAAAGAUGGAAAGCUAUGUCUUCUCUUCACUCUUAGAUCAAAAAAGUUGAGAAGAUAUCCCGGAGAAGUUUGUUUUCCAGGAGGUAGAAAUGACCCAACAGACACAGAUGAAAUUGCCACGGCUCUUCGAGAAGCUAAAGAAGAAGUGGGACUUCUUCCUGAACAGGUUGAAGUCAUCUGUAGACUUGUUCCUAGAAUAGAUAAAACUCAUUCUGUCGUAACUCCAGUUGUAGCCUUCAUAGAAGACACUUUUCAAGCCCAACCAAAUCCAGAAGAAGUCAGUCACGUGUUCUCUGUACCGCUAGAGUAUUUUAUACGCCCUGCGAAACACAGCAUUGUACCUGUGGAAACACAAAAGGGAUACCCUCCAUUUGUGUUACAUUCCUUUGAAUACAACGACCCAGAGCAUCAGAUGUUAUUUAACGUGUGGGGACUCACUGCCCAUUUUGCAAUCUUUGUUGCUGUUGCAAUUUACGGGGAGAAACCGACAUUUGAAGUUGAAUUUGACCUUGAUAAUUUGAAUUCUUUAGCUGAGAAAACCUUUAUGAUGCACUACCAUAGCAUAAAAAGCAAACUUUGACAGGUAACAUUGUCAUUUCCCCCCCCCCCAUGUAAUUGAAACUCUUAAAACUAUGAUUCAUGUCUUAGCUGAAAUAAUUUGGUUAAUUUAUAUUUAUAAAUCAUGUUGGAAGCGUAUAAUUGCAGGAAUCUGUUUGUGCCACAUU